CAGUCGCAUUAUUAAAGCAUCACUCUCGCUAUAAAAGCAAGAAAGCAAAUUAGGGUUUCUGCAGCACUGCAAUCCACUUUCCGUUGGCGCUGCGCAUAGACCGUCUUCCCCGGCAGCGAAUAUGACCAAGCGUACAAAGAAGGCCGGAAUUGUCGGCAAGUAUGGUACAAGAUAUGGUGCCAGCUUGAGGAAGCAGAUCAAAAAGAUGGAAGUGAGUCAGCAUGCAAAAUACUUCUGUGAGUUCUGUGGGAAGUAUGCGGUUAAGAGGAAGGCUGUUGGGAUAUGGGGUUGCAAGGACUGUGGCAAAGUGAAAGCAGGAGGGGCUUACACCUUAAAUACUGCAAGUGCUGUAACUGUGAGGAGCACAAUCCGACGGCUGAGGGAGCAGACUGAGGGUUGAUGGAACCUGCCUGUUGGGGUCGCCAGUUAUCGGAUUUUGUUUCUUGAAAUUACCUGGUCACAUUCAAAACACUUGAAAACUGUUAGAGAUGAGAUUUUGGGUUGUUGAUUUGAAGGCAUUAAAUUGUAGCUGGACUAUUUGAGCUGAUAGAGGGGAUCUGUCCAUGAAGCGCAUGUUUCUCCUCACAGUUAGUGUGAGGGAGCAAUCAUCAUGAGAUUUCAGACAAUAAGGCCUCUUGGAUGUACCUGCCUGCAAUUUAUGAUUGGUACAUGAUUUUGGUGGAGCCAA